UUGUUUAGAUCAAAAAUUGUUCUAAAUUUUUUAAAAGGAAGCUUAACUGCAACAUAACCGGAAUAUUAUUUUGCGCGAACAUAAACACGUUUCUGCAUAAACAAAUGAGCACUAAAAUAUUACAAAACUAAGGGUGUUAAUAAAUAAAUGUAUAGUAUCGACUCAACAAUCAUUUGAUAAUGACACUUGAUCCGGAAAAGAAAGAAAAAACGGUGUAUCGGCUAGUCUUAACUGGAGGACCUUGUAGUGGCAAAACAACUGGCCAGGCUAGGCUAUGUACUUUUUUUGAAAAUCUUGGAUGGAAGGUGUAUCGAGUGCCGGAGGCUGCAACUGUCUUAUUAAAUGGGGGUGUACGUUUUCCAGAUUUAACUCCCAGUGAGGUUAGAACUGAAAAAUGUUCUAAAAAAAGUUCUAAAUUCAGACUUACACCAGCUGAAAAAUUUCAAGAAAAUUUGCUGAAAACUAUGAUGGCAAUGGAAGAAACAUAUUUUUCCUUAGCAGAGACAUGCGAUCGAAACUGCUUGGUAAUAUGUGACCGAGGCACUAUGGAUGCAGCUGCUUUUAUACCUAAAGAAGUGUGGGAAAAGAUGCUCUCUGCAAACGGUUGGAAUGCUGUACAGUUAAGAGAUAACCGAUACAAUCAAGUUACUCAUUUGAUUACAGCUGCUGAUGGAGCUGAAGAAUUUUAUAAUCUGGAAGAUAACAGCUGUCGUACUGAAGGUAUUGAACUAGCUAGAGUUAGAGAUUCAAGAGCAGCCGAGGCAUGGGUUGGGCAUCCAUAUAUUGAUGUUAUUGAUAAUUCAACUGAUUUUGACACUAAACUAAGACGAUUGAUAUCUAGUGUCUGUAGAAGAAUUGGUAUUGAUACUAGCGACAGAUUGGCCACAAAUAGUCAUAAGCUUAAGUUCCUAGUCAGUCAUUUAGCUUCAGAUGAGGAAUUUCCACGUUACCAGGAUUUUGAAGUUGUGCAUCACUAUUUAGUUACUUCAAAUCCCAAAGUUCAGGCUAGACUGCGAAAACGUGGUCAAAAGGGAAAUUGGAGCUAUUUGCAUACUCAGAGGCGUUCUGACUCCAAUCAGGUCAUUGAACUAAAGAGGCAAAUUACCCACAGAGAUUAUAUUAAUAUGCUAGCUCAGAGAGAUGUAAGACACCAUAAGGUAUUGAAGAAAAGGAGGAGUUUCAUGCUAAAUAACAUGUAUAUGCAGAUGGAUAUUUACAAAUCUCCCUGUCAUCCUAGGUGUGAUGGCUUGAUAUUGCUGGAAACAUACACAACACUUAAAGGGGAGGAGUUUAUUCAACGUCUGCCAGACUUCUUGCAUGUCAUAAAAGAAGUAACAGGAGAUCCUUCAUACUCGAUGUUCAACCUUUCUUUAAAAAGCGAUUGGACACCUAGCAAGCUUAAAUCUGAAAACAACUGUGCUGAUGGAGCUUAUAAAACUAUCAUUGUCAAUUAAAAAAAGUUAUUUCAUUGAUUAUAAUUAGUUAUUCAAGCAGGCAUGCCCUAAAUAUUUCAUUCUCCCGUUUCUUUAACCAUUGUUCCUUAGUGCAAAUUAUUUGGUCCAAAAAUCUAGAUGUCUUUAACCAAGUUGUUUUGUUGAGAGUAGAACAUUAGUUACAAAAAUAUUAUUGAUAAUGUUAUGUUUGUGUUAGUUUUGUAGUUGUUAUGCACCAAAUAUUUUUAAACGUUUGUGUAGACUGUUAGUUUCAGUCAGUCCUGUUCGGUGAAAAUGUUUAAUAGUUUUAAACAUUCUCCAUGAGUUAAAAAUUAUUUUUAAGCACUUUAAUAAAUUGCCUAUAGUUUGAAAACUAUAAAAAUUAUAUUUAAAUUUAUAAAAAUCGUUAAUAUCAUAUCAGAGUUAUCAAACUAUAUUAUUGGUUAUAUUUAUUAUAAUGCAUUUCCAAAAUACAAAUUAUUAGUAAACUUUUUCAAUGUCCUUACUUAAUCUCAUAGUAAUUACAUUUAGUUGUAGUUUUUGAUAGUUAUGCAAUUGCUAAAUAUUGUAAUUACGUAAUUGCUAAAAAUAAUUGUUAAAUAUUUUUUAAAAUCUUCCUUAAAUUGUAUCAAUACUUUUGAAAUUUUAGUCAAAAAGUAUUUUUACUUCUAUCAAAUUAAUGCCACUAUUAUAAUUUAAUAAUAAUAAAGUAUUUAUUGUAACAAAUUAAUUGCAAAUUAAGAAAAAAAUUACUAACAAAAUUAUAAUUGCCUAGUGGACAAAUUUGAAUGAAAUUUUUUCUUUUAAGUGGUAAUAUCUCAUUAUACAACAUGUUUGUGUUGUAGCAUAGCAACUAGCUAAAAUCUAAGAGUAAAUAUUUGACUUUUACAUUCAAAUUUAAGUAAAAACAAAUUACAAACUGUAAUUUUCUUUGAAUAUUGUAGAGGCACAUCAUCAGUAUUAAACUAGAAUUGCUCACUAUUUUUAACUGAAAUUUGUUUUUAACAUGGCUACAAAACUUUUUACACAAGUAUAAUAAGUUGUACCUCAUUUUGAUAGAUUUUAAAAUGCUGGUGGAAAUUAAUAAGAUUUUCUACAUCUUCCAGAAGUAUUUGAUACCAAACCUUUGGACUCUGUUUUUUUAACCCAUGGUUUUAUUAUUCACUACUAAUACUCAAAUAUUUCUUCUCUAUAUAAGUAAUCCACCCAUGUCUAUGCCUUAAUUUUUAUAAGCGACUAAAACAGCAUUUUAUAUUCAAUUAAAUAUAUUAAACAAAUUCUUUUUUAAAAGGUAUAUUUAUGAAUAUAAUUCACUAUUUCUUAAUUGAUGUUGUCGAAAAUUUUUCAGUGAAACUUAUCUUAAUUUUUCCCCAAAAUGUUUUGUUAAUCUCAUAUACUGUACCUUAUUAUUAUUUUUUUUAUGGUGGAGAGUUUCUUUUGUUGUGUUUUAUUUAAAAAAGAGCAUUUGUGGGUGCACCUUUAAAGUUAAAGAUUUGAGGAUCUUAACUUUAAGGAUCUUCAAAUCUCUGAUCAAGAAAUAUCAGAUCUGUCUGAUAAAUGAAUAAAUAUAAAAAAAAAAAAUAAUUUAGGUUCUGCAUUGCUAUUUAGCAAUUAAUUGUUUCGCUUGAAAACUAUGUGUAUAUUUAAAUUUUUGCGUUGUUAGGAAUGUCUGUGAUAUGUAUAAAAUUCUUGAACACUUUUAAAAUUUUAUGACACAUUUUUUUAAAACAUAUAUAUCAUAUUUCUGAGAUAGUGCUCUUGAUACAGGAAAGUGUCUAAUUGAGUAAAAAAAAUAAUAAAAAUACACAUAACAUGUAAUUUAAUUCCAUAAUUUCAGAUAAUGUAAUUUAAUUUAAGGAAUUUUAGAUACAAAACUCAAUUGGAGACAUGAGGAAAAAUAUACUGAAAACAAAUUAGUAUUUAGAUGUCAGAUUGCAUUCAUAAACCUAUUCACAGUUAACAAAAUUUGUUCCUAUUUUUCUGAUUUCUGUUCUACCUUUUAUGUGAAGGAUUUUAUUCAUUUUUAUCUUUAUUAAGUUUUAUAAUUGAGAUCUUUGACUGAUAAUUAAAAAAGUCAACCAUAAUUUUAAAAGUGUACCUACAAUUUGAAGUAUUAGUUAUUUUGGUAUUAUUUUUGUUUAUUUUAAAAUUUUGUGACCUUUUUUUUUGUUGAUAUUUGUUAUUUGUUUGUCUUUCUGUAUCUCACAUUUAUUCAUUUGAUCUAUUUUAUUACCUCUCACAUAUUCACUUUUUUUUCUCGGUAACUUUUAUAAAAUACUUUAUGGCCUUUUUAUAAUUUGUAAAUAUUGUGAACAAAUGUUUUAUAAACCUACCCGACUGAAUCUACAAAUAAAAUAUUUGAAGUUUUGAUAGAAAAAGAUGAAUUUGAUAAGUGAUACGAAAAUUUCAUAUGGCAAUUUUUCUCUAUCGAUUACUGACAGAUAGAAAGUUGUUUCUAAAGUUUUAAAUGAAAUGAAUUGAAAUUUUUCGAUAAAUCUGUAUUACUUCUCUCCAGGUGUGUUAUCUUUAAUUUUUGAAUAGUGCUCUUUUAUAGACAAAAUAUUAAUUAUAACUCCGAGCUCUUGCGUCAGUCUUUGAAAUGUUCGCUCUGACUCCGGACUUUGGAAAGCCUGAUUCUAACUUGUACUCUAUUAAACUUACACCUAAUCCUAGGAAAGUAUUCAGAUUAUAAUCUUCCACCACUCCUUAUUCAUUAUUUUCAGAAUCAGUGAUGCAUCUAUGGAAUUUAUCAGGACUAUUGGUUUUAUCAUUAUGCAGGGCUGCAACAUUUAUGAUGAUAUAAUUUCUUUCACCCCACUCCUUUGUUCAUUAUUUUCACAAUCAGUUAUGCAGCUAUGUAAUUUAUCAGGACUGUGGGUUUUAUUUUUAUGCAUAGUACAACACUUAUGACUUUGGUAACAAUGUAAUUUCUUUUACCUCACUCCCUUAUUAGUAUUGUUAUAAAAAUGGGUUAUGCAGCUGCGAAAUUUAUCAGGACUAUGUGUCAUUUUAUUAUGUGGGAUGCAACAUUUAUGACUUUAUUGGCAGUGUAAUUUCUUUCGACCUACUCCCUUAUUCAUUAUUUUCAAAAUCAGUGAUGAAACUGUGGAAUUUAUUAAGAUUAUGAGUUUCAUUAUUAUGUGGGAUGCAACAUGUAUGACAUUGGUGACUGUAUAAUUUAUUUUAAUUAACUAAAUGAGUUUUGUUCCUGCAUAGUGUGUACUGCGAAAGAAUUGAAUCUUAAGCACAAUGUUUUUGAAAUUUAUUACAUCAUGUUUAAAACCAUUGGAAUCGCCAGAGAGGGAGAGCAGUGGAAAAUUUUCCAAGUGAUCUAAAAUUGUUCUUGUACUUUUUUGUAAUUCUGAAAAAUAUUCUUAACUGUGCAUAGCAAAAUGUUUCAUAAAUUCUGAUAAUUUAUUUAAUGCUGCUAAACCAAAAGUUUUUGGCACAAAAAAUGUGAACAUUUCAGUUUUAGAAAUUAAAAAAAGAAAACCAUAAUUACAUUUUACUAAAUUAAAUAAGUUGCAUGUACUGAAGGAAAUUAAAAGAACUGUGCUCUAGAAUUUAUUAUCCGGUUAUUAGUUCAUCAUGGCAUUAAGCUUUAAAAUAAUUUUUUUUAAAAUUCUGACAAUAAUAUGUAUAAUAUGCCACAUGAUUACCACCAAAUGAAAAAUUUUAAUUACCUAAAUUAAGAAAUAGUAAAAAAUUAUAAAACGAAAAGUAAUUUUUAAUUUAUUUGGAUUUCUAGGGUGUGCCCUAGACCCCCUUGGGAGAGCAUUUGAUCCCUAUUGUGCUUACCAAUUACAGCAUUAGUUGUGAAUGAACCAUUUGUUAAUGGAGAAAUCGACUUAUCUGAACAGAAAUUUUCUGAUGAAAAAUAUUUGAAUAAUUAAGAUUCCCCUGCUAUAUUAGUCUUCAUUAAUGCUCUUGUUUAUUAAUUUUUCCAGGAAUUAUUUCAACUUCAGUAGAUUUUCAGAAUAAUUUCUAUGAAUUUCAAUUGUGACAAUUAUGGGAACUCAAAUUUUUUAAUGGUUAUUUCCUGUUUUAUUAUUUUACCUUGUAAUUGAGCUCCAUUUUUAUAUUAACAUUUUUACAAUCUGGAGACAAAUAAUUUUUUCCCAGUCAAAGCAAAAUUCAAGUACAGAUGAAGAAGCUGAUUUUAUUGCAUAGAAAAAGUUUUUAACUUUUUAAAUAAUUAUGAAAUGCUUCAUUUUACAUUUCAGUAUUGUCAAAAACUUAUUAUUUCAGAAAAGCAUUGCUACAGAUAAGCAUCCUUGCUUCUAACAUUUCAAUUAUGUAAUUAGUAACAAAGUGAAAUUUUAGAAUAAUCUGUUUCUUUUAAAUAUGUUUUUUUUUAUUUCUGUAUAUUUUUUACUGCCUUUCAAAAUUUAUUUAUUCUCCCAAUAUUCUUAUUUCUUACUUUUGAAAGAUUGUUUAGAAGCUUUCUUUUGUUUUAAUGUGUGUAUUUCUCAUUUCUGGUGUCUGCUGGUUAGUUUUUUGUAAUAUUGUUUUAUGGGAAAUUUUUUCUUUUUGAAAUAGUUAUUAACUAAUCGUCUAUAAGAUUUGUCAAUUAUUGCAUUUAUAGCAUUCUAAGGGAAAAUAUCGUUUUUGCAUAAGUUUUUUAUAUGUUAACUGCAUCAAAAAAUAUUACUAUUUUUCUUUAUUUUUAAUGCUUAUUUUUAAUUUAAAUUAUAUAUUAGAUAUGUAUGCCCGAUUCUAAAUAUUUGUUGGGUCUCCUUUAAAUAUUAUUCAAUGUACAAUAAAGUAUCUGAUUAUUUAUUUUUUUAGCCUCUGUGGGGGAAAAAAAAACAAGUAGUAGAAUUUAUACAUUUACAAAAAUUUCGAUUUACUUUUCUUAUUGAAUUGCAUUUACUGUUUAAAAUUAUUUUAAAUUUGUAAAAUUGCGGUAAAAUAACAUGAAAUUUAUAAUUUAAUUUUAAAUAUGAAAACUUUUUUUUAAGUAAUGCUUAUUGCUGUAUUUAGUUUUCUCUGUUAUUCAUAAAUCAUUUAAUAUUUUCUUGUAAAAAAUCUGUCAAAAUAUUUAAUUUGGUAUCAAUGCUAAAAAGUUCUUUUGCAUUAAAGAACAUUAUUUCUUUUGAACCCAGCUAAAUUGCAAUUAAAUUUAUUUAAAUUUUUUUUGUGCAGUUUUUCAAGCAAUGAAAAUUUGAUCUGGUGCUAGGCACGUCCCUACUAUGUACUUAUUAUUUUAUAACUAUUCAUUUAUAUUUAUUACUCUAUUUCUUUUGGCACGAAUCUCAUUUUCAAAUUAUAUAAUAAAAAGAAAUAUUGAAUUUUUAAGUGAUAAUUACCGUUUGUUUUCGAUUUAUUUUUUAUUGCACUUGAUUAUCUUUUUUUAAACAUUAUUUAAUUCAACUAUUAUGUUUAUAAUUCUGCAUUUUUAAUCAUCUCUUUUUAUACACUAUGAAAACCCAAGUAUUUUUCAGCUUCUCAUUGGAGGUUAUUCUUUGUUUUGUUUUUUAUAUGAAGUAUUAAAAAAUAAUUAAAAUGACACCUUUUACAAUGUUUUUUAGUCUUUCAUUCUUUAAUGUCAUUUUUUUUAAAACAAAAUUAUUUUGUAAUUGAAUUGCAAUAUGCUUUUGAUAGUUUUUUCCAUCAGUCUUUCAUGUUCAAUAUAAAAAAGGUAGUUUUUCUUUUCUGCACUUAUUAUUGUAUGAAGUUUGUUCUAUUGGUAUUGGUUAGGACCGUGUAAUAUUUUAUGCAAACAAGAAUUCACUUAUUAACUGCAUUUAUGCAUUUUUACUUUUAUUCUUGAAUUAUUUGAAAUGCCAAUGAAAUAGCAAUCUUUUCUCCUACUAUUAAUUGGUAGUCAAAAUCUGUGAUAACUAUUAUUCUAUCGGUGAUUCGACUAGUUUAAGUUGUAUUAAGUUUAAAAAAAUGAUUAUUAUCUUUAGUUUUGCUGUAAUGUUAAAUUGAAUAUUUUAUUACUUUAAUUAACUUCAGAAGCAUUUUAUAGAAAAUAAAAUUUAGUAUUAAAGAUAAUAAAAUUUUUUCAAUUGAUUUACAUUUAAUUUAACACAAUGAUAUCAGAGUUUGAUAAUAAAAAAAACUUAUUAACGUACCUUAACCUAUAUAUUCCUUAUGACAUGUCAUUUAUGUAUUUACUGAAGGAAAUGUAUUUAAAAAUAAAAAUGUACUUAUUUUUGUGAAGUCUAAAAUAAAAUUCAAAGGGAAUAAAUUUCCUUA